AUGAUGCUCGAUGGCACAGCUUCACACACAAACACCCCUGUCUGUUGUUUGCAUGUGGUUUGUGUGGCUGGCAACACAGCAUCACCCAUCAAAGUUUGGCUGCAUGCUCAACCGGUGUGCCCAGUGCAACUGGAUUUAGCACCACCAGCAUUGCUGAGCCAACCGAAAAAGCUCCUUCUUGCGGCAGGUGGGUGGGUCAACAAUCAGACAACUGGCUGGAGACAUUGCGAGGUCUCUUGCAGUCCUCACCCAAUGCUGGACUUGGGGAGUGUGGCUUGGACAAGCUGCGUACAAGCAUUGAUUUUGGACAUCAAGAAGAGAUAUUCAGAUCCCAACUGA